AUGGCCUUCACCCCCGUGGAGUCGAGUUUGGGGGGCCUGCUGAUAGGCAGCGCGGCUUCUUUGGCCUACAUGGCCGAUGGCAAGAUCACCGGCAUCAGUGGCAUCCUGGGCCCUGCCUUACGAAGUUUGGGGACGUGCCAGCUCCGGGAGACCUUGUGGAAGUGGCUCUUUCUUCUGGGACUCGUUUUGGCCGGUUUUGCCAACCUUCUGCUGAAUGGCAGCUUUGCGUUUCCGGACGCCAUGCCCUUCUCAGUGUUGCGCUACCUGCUUGGUGGCCUUUGCAUCGGGUUGGGCACGAGACUGGGUCGUGGUUGCACCUCAGGACAUGGGAUUUGCGGCCUGCCCAGGCUCAGCCAAAGGAGCUGGAUUGCGGUUCCAUGCUUCAUGAUCGUGGCAGCAAUAACUGUGGCCGUGUCGCGACACGCUGUGGAUCGCCAGACGAGCGGGGGCAUUGCAAAAUUGGAGUGGCCUCCGCGCUGGGAGUUUCCGGUCGGUGCCACUAUCGCGGCCGCAGUCCUCAUAGUGCUCACGGUCUGUCUACCCUACAGAGUCCGCAGCUAUGUCUCGCCCACGGCCAGUGGCUUAAUCUUUGGCUUGGGUCUGGGCUGCUCAGGCAUGACCAGGCAAGACAAGGUCCUGAACUUCUUGGACGUGGCUGGGACCUGGGACCCUAGCCUGAUGCUCGUGAUGGGCUGCGGCCUCUGUGCUUCUGCACCGUCUUUCCUUUAUGCGGAGAAGGAGGACCGGAAGCCUCUGUGUGGAGAUCACAAUGAUUGUGCAUUCGAGAAGCUUGCGAAACGGGGAGACUAUGGAUCCCUUGUGUCUGGCUCCUGUGCCUUCGGGCUCGGUUGGGGUCUAAUUGGCAUCUGCCCCGGACCCGGUGUGGUUGGGGUCGUGCCGUACCUCUCCCAAGGAGGAUCCGGGCUUGCUUUCGGUUUGGCCUUCCUCGCGAUUUGUGCCAGCUGGUUGGGCACGGACUGGGUCCUGGCCGUCUGGAAGCAACGGCAGUCAACACGCUAUGCAGCUGAAACUACUGAGUGA